AUAGUGCACUCAUUCUAAUGCAUGACGCACAAUUUGUGUAUACAGUGUAUAAAGGGCUCACACAUUUUGUUGAGCAGAAUAUCGCGGUGAAACGCGUCGAGGUAUUCCUUAUCCCACAACCUUGAAGCCUUUGUAUAAUCUUAUGAUUGGCAAUGGUGUUUGAGCCCUGCCCCUUUAUGCGCACAUUUGCCCUAUAUAAGCGGGCGCUCAAUCACAAUUUCUUCAGAAUUUUCUACCAUCAAGACCGACAUCGUCUCGUCUACGACAAUCAUCUCUUCUGAACAGCCCUCUCUUUGCCAUCGACGGACAAAUUCAAGCAGACGGGAUUCCCUGCAGAUGUAUCAGGUCUCUUAGCGCCUGCAGCGAAAGAUUCACCCGACCCCUCUAGUGUUCCUGCAAAGAGUUUCUCCGGCUUGUCGCUGGUAUCGCGUUUAUAGGCUAUAUAUAGGCUAUAUAUAAUUCCCCUAUAUAUAGGGACCACACGAGGAAGCACGGUGGUAGAGAUGGAAGAACCCAAGGAGGAUCUCGCGCAGGCGCAAGCCCCUCAAUCUUCCCCGCAGCAUCUUAGCAGUGUUCUUUUCAUAGCUGACCUUCCUCUCACCGGCUGCUGUGUGACUGUGUCUGUGUCUGUGAGUGAGUUGGCUCCGCCCUCCCUCGCGCAUCUUCGGUUCAUUGGUUGACACUGCGUGUCUGAUUGACAGGAACAACAGUGAAUGAAAUACAUCAUGAAAACUUUUGUUGUGUUGGUGUUUGGUCUGGCUCUUCUGGGGCUUGGCGCUGCACUUCAGUGUUACACAUGUGAAGCCUCAGGAGCCUGUGAUAAAACUAGGGUUUGCGACUCUGAAGAUACCUGCUUGUCACUCACUGGCUCCGGAGGUGUCAAACGCAAGCAAUGCAUUAAGUACACAGAUUGUGAUCUUGUGAAAAUUGGCAUAAAAUUCCGUGGUAUUUCCAAUAUCAUUUUCAAUUGCUGCACCUCUGACCUGUGUAAUGCAGCCUCAGUGUCAGUGGCUAGUCACUCUGUGGUGGGAAUUCUGCUCUCACUAGCACUCUUCUGGUAGUGUGUAAUAGCACGCCAUAUAUUGCACUGUUCAUUACAAAGACAUCUCCUUUAUUAUUUAAUUUAUUUUCAUUUUGGAAGAUGUGUAUGAUUUACACCUAGUAAAACGGAGACACUCCCUAUUGAUUCAUGUGGCUUUAUAUUUAUUCUCACUUAAUUGACCUGAUCGUUCAGAGAUUGUACUGCAAAAUAAAGGAAGGAGAUCAAACCUUUUUCUUGUAAUGAUUAUUUGUCAAAAUGGAGUUUAAUGG